AUGAAGAAUAGUUCCUGGGUGCGCAGUGAAUUCAUCAAAUACUUUGAGAAAAAAGGUCAUGUGCACUGGCCAAGUGCCUCUGUUUUGCCUUGCAAUGAUCCGACUCUACUCUUUGUAAACGCUGGUAUGAACCAGUUCAAAGAUAUUAUAAUGGGAAAGAGUGACGAGAGUACUGAAUUUGGUAGACUAAGGAGGGUUGCCAACAGUCAAAAAUGCAUCAGAGCAGGUGGUAAACAUAAUGACUUAGACGAUGUAGGUCAUGAUUGCUACCAUAACACAUUCUUUGAAAUGUUGGGAAACUGGAGUUUCGGCGACUAUUUCAAAAAGGAAGCUAUUGAGUACGCAUUUGAGCUCCUCACCACCGUUUAUGGGCUAGACAAGGAUAGACUCUAUGUAACAUAUUUUGGUGGUGACCCAAAGAUAUCUUGCCCACCUGAUGAUGAGGCAAGGAAGAUUUGGAUGCAAUACCUUCCUGAAGAGAGAAUCCUUCCAUUUGGCUUGAAGGAUAACUUUUGGGAAAUGGCUGACGUUGGUCCCUGCGGACCAUGUUCUGAGAUCCAUUAUGAUCACGUUGGAAAUAGAGAUGCUGCUUCUCUCGUAAAUGCUGAUGAUCCUCAAGUUGUUGAGAUAUGGAACCUUGUGUUUAUGCAAUACAACAGGAAGAGCGAUGGUACCCUGGAGCCAUUACCGCGCCCAUGCGUAGAUACAGGAAUGGGUUUGGAAAGACUUUGUGCCGUACUAUUAGGGAGCAGCAGCAACUACGAUGCAGAUGUCUUAUCUACUGUUAUGAAUGUUAUACAUGAGAAGGUACCAGGCUUACCAGCAUAUUCUGGUUCCUUGAAUAUUGUGGACACCGCAUAUAGAGUUGUUGCCGACCACGUUAGAUGUUUGACCAUUGCAAUUGCAGAUGGAGUUUAUCCUUCCAAUGAUGGAAGAGGUUAUGUGCUGAGAAGAAUACUUAGGAGAGCUGUAAGGUAUGCAAGGGAACAUUUGGGUGUGGAUGGACCAUUUUUGCAUACAUUGGUAGAUUCCCUCGUUAACACAUAUGGCGACGCAUACAAAGAGGUUGUAGAAAAUAAGGACAUAGUAAAGAGUAUAAUCCAUGAGGAAGAAGAACUCUUCCUUAAAACCCUUGAUAAAGGAAGAGAGAGAUUCCGCAGAAUGAUUAAACAAGCACAGCAAGCAUCUCCUGACGGUAGCACCAGCGGACAAGCUAUAGUUAGUGCUCAGGAUGCAUUCUUACUUUAUAGUUCUUAUGGGUUUCCACUGGAUUUAACCGUUUUGAUGGCAAAAGAGUAUGGAGUUGGUGUAGACACUGACGGAUUUAAAGAGGAACUCAAAAAGCACCAAGAAAAAUCAGACAGAAGAGUAAACAAAGAUGAUGCAUUUGCAAAUUUACUUGAAUCAUUAUCUGCAGAUAAAUUGGAUGUUAUAUCUAAGCAUUGCAAUGGAGUUCUUACAGAUGAUUCCGCAAAAUACCAAUGGUCCUCUGAGGAUCCAAAGGAGCAGAUUUUUGAUGCAAAGGUUCUUGCAAUUUGGACCGAAGGCGGCCUUCAAGACGUGCAAGAUGCAGAUGUAUUUGCGUUAGUUACCGAUGUUACUCCGUUUUAUGCCGAGGGAGGUGGACAAAUCUAUGACGAAGGUUUUAUAGAUACAUGCCAAGUUCACAAAGUGUACAAAAUGAGCGGCCUAGUCUUCCAUUUUUGUACUGCAGGUGAUACCCCAAUACAUGCAGGAUCAACUGUAAAAAUGCGCGUGGACUAUGAUAGGAGAGUAAAGGUGGCAUGUAAUCACACCUGUACCCAUUUGUUAAACUUUGUUCUUCGUGAUAUAAACAAGGACACCAAGCAAAGAGGGUCACAAUUAGAUGCAGAGAAAUUGAAAUUUGAUUUCAAUGGUUCAGGAGCUCUAAGCGAGGAUGUUUUGCAGGAAAUUGAACGAAAACUCGCUAAUUUUAUCUCCAAAGAACUAGAAGUUGUAACAAAAUCAAUUCCUUAUAAGGAAGCUCUUGAGAUAUCUGGAAUCAGAGCCAAUUUUGAUGAAAAAUACCCAGAGAUUGUACGUGUAGUAUCGGUUGGAAAAGAUGAUGGACUUUCUACAUCAAUUGAAGUUUGUGGUGGUACACAUCUCGGAAAUACGAAAACCAUACAGAGUGCUUAUGUAAUUGGAGAAGAGGGUAUAUCAAAGGGUGUACGCAGAUUAACUCUUGUGACAAAUGCACAGAGCGCAACUGCAGCCUCUAAUCUAAAACAUUUUGAGACAUCCCUGGACAACUUGGUUGGUUCAUUAAAAGAUAUUAAAAUGGGAGGUGAUACGAGUUUAGCAUUUAUGAAUGCAAAUGAGAAUAUGAAACAAUUAACUGCACUAAGAGCAAUAGUUCAGGAUGAGAAGUUGGUUCCCCUUGUAGGAAAAAGAAAACUUUUGAGCAAAUUUGAGCAGGUUAUAGACGAACAAGUUUUUGCCAUAAAAGCCCAUCAAAAGAGACUUGCAAAUCUUGCAAAAAGUUUGGCAUCAGAUUACAUUGAAGAAAUCAAAACCUCUAAUUUUGAAUCUUGUGAAUACACAGAGGGUGAUCCUUCAGUUGUAAGGUUCUUUGUUAAUGAGUUGGAAGGUGAUUUGAAAUCUGUGAAUAUGAUGGUUCAGACCAUGUCAAAAGCAUUCCCAAAAUACGCAUUUGUAGCUACUAGUGUUCAUGAGUCUGCAAUUUGUUGUAGAUGCAUGUCUCCUGACCAAAAAUUCAACGCUUUAGAGGCGGCAAAUUCAAUCGCAAAGGAACUUGGAUGUUUCCCAGAGAAUAUGGAACCCGCAAAAGGGUCAGCUACAAAUGCAAUGUGGACAUUGGACAAGACAUGUGCUUGA